GGACGACUGAUUCAUGCUCCACUGUCGGCUGGGGGAACUUUUUUUGCCUACUCUGGAUUCAUUUUACCGGGGCUUAACUGCUGAAGAAUCUGCAAGUGCUCAGGACUACAACUUUGAUCAUCCUGGUCUGGAGACCAACCAGGACAAGAGCAAGUGCCAGCAGCAGUUCGACAACUACAAGGAGUGCAAGAAGAGAGAGGUUCACCUUUGUUCCCCAAUUCUCUCUAGCCUUUUUCUGAUGGUAUAUGAUGGAUGGCUUCCAAUUGGUGCGCCAAUCUUUUUUUGUCUUGUAACAUGCGUUUGUUCCGUGCACUUGCUGAAUGUUCAAGGGGGCUGUGGCUUGUGUCGGACAGCAAGUGCCAAACUUGGAGCUGAAACUUGUUUGUAGUGGCCCUAAAGCUUAGUUCUUCAAGUAUAACCUUUUAAAGAAAAAGUCAAUGCACCUUAUUGUUAAA